AUGGCCAAGCUCGACGACUUCCUCGGCAAGAAGAAGGAGUCCGUCCCGAUUCUCGACCUGUCCAAAGCGUCCUGCGGCUCCAAGGAGGAGCUGCGGCGUCUGCUCGAAAAGGUGCCCGACUUCAAAAUCAAGCCGGAGAAAGUGAACGUCGACAGCAUCAAAAUCAAGGACAAAGGCCACACUUUCAAGUCCGGCAAGCGCGACCUGAAGCGCAUGAAGGAGCCCUACCGGUUCAUGGAUCCGCUGCCCGUUGAAAUGCAGUCGCUGAACAUUGCCGAUUUGGCGGCCGUUUCCAUCGACUGGAAAAUGCUCACCACGUUACGACCGAAGAGUAAAGUGGAAGAGAACUACUUUUCCCGACUAGUCGAACUGGGCAAGUUGGAGAACAAAAGUCGGGCAGCCGAAAAACGCCAGUUCCAACUGGACCCGCAAAUCCGGAGAAGCAAAAAUAAAGCAGGCGUGGUGGAAACGCGCAUUGUAUCGUGCAUGGAAUGCGGCGAAGACUUUUGCAAUGGCAAAACCUGCAGCCAGUCCGGCUACGACCAGUUUGCUCGGCAGCCGGAGGUGGCGGCCGCCGCCCAAAAAAUCACGUCCCCAAUCCCGGGCGACAAGACCAAGAAGAAGCUGAAGAAGAGAAAGUCGCGUUCGCGAAGCAAAACAAAGAAGAAAGGGGUGGGUAAGUCCAAGAGUCCCAACAAGCCUCGCAAUCCAUCAAAGUGUAAAAAAUAACGUCAAACCGAUUGUGAGUAACAGAACACUUAGAACAAGGACGUAGUUUGACUGUAAUAAACCCUUGAAUGGUU